AUGCUUAGAGUUUCAUUCAAGAACGUUGUUCGUUCAAGUUACAUCAAGAGUAUACCCACAUUUACCCGUUUCUACUCGGUCCCUAAAUUCGAAAUGACUCCAGGUCCACCAAGACUCCCCAAAGAACAGCAAGAAGAAUUUGAAAAGUUACAAAAUAUAGCCAACUCCCAAAUCGCUAUAGAAGAAUAUAAUGACAGUUUGAAAGCUGGUGAACCCGUUGGGGAACAACCUGUGGAUUUCAAGCCACCUACUUUACAAUCAGACAUUGGCAGUAUUGCUUAUUUGAAGACCAUUCCUGAAUUUGAAGGGGAAGUUAAUCCCAAGACGGGUGAGAUUGGAGGACCCAAACAAGAUCCUUUGAAGCAUGGUGAUGAGUGGAGUUAUAAUGGGAGAGUCAUUGAUUUUUAA